AUGGCGUCCGAGGCACAUCUGCGUGCCCAGUAUGAGCUGUUGAUAAAGGAAAACAAACUGCUCAAAACAAACGUGGAGAAGCUCGAUCGAGAAAACCACGACCUCAAGCGCUCAGUCUACGAGCUUACCCUUAAAUUGGACUCAGCCCACGCGCCAUCCUCGUCGACCCGUGCUGCCGCAGCGGAUCCCUUCGCUAUCGCAGAUUUGCUGGCCGCCCCAAGUGCUGAAACUGCAGCCGAGUCGUCGUUCUGUCGAGCUCGUGGUAGUUCGGGGGCGUUGCUAGGUACCAAGGGAGAUUUGUACGACACAGAUGCUGAAGGAGAUGCUCGUGUUCUUGUGCAUAAAUCGACACUAAGAGCUCAUGCAGGAGCCGUAUACACGUCUAAAUUCUCACCUUGUGGACGGCUGCUGGUGUCCGGUGGCUUCGAUUGCAAAGUGAUGCUCUGGGACGUGACUACUAAAUUCAAUCAGCCGCAGUUGGCGGCGCUUUCGAAACACGCGCAGCUCGUGAUUGACGUGAGUUGGGCUGAGGACAGUGCGACUCUUGUGUCAGCCAGCUAUGACCACACGGUGAAGCUUUGGGACGUUGAGAAGAGCCAACUCGUUAGUAGCAAGGAGGUGGAUGGGCUUGUCCAGUGUGUGGGCUUCAAUAUGGCUGACAACAACCAGUUUUUCUUAGGAUCCAGCAAAUGCUGUCUUCAUAUGGUAGAUGUACGCUCCGAGGUGUGUCGCACCUGGUCCAACGACGCCAUGGUGAACGCGCUUCACGUCUCACAUGACGGUCUUACGGUCACUACGGGUGACAGCAAGGGCAUGCUGAAGACAUGGGACGUUCGGAUGGAUAUGUGUCUUGAAGAGUUAUCCGUACUAAACGACCCAGCCAGACACGCCAUCUCGCACGUACAUGCGUCGCCAGCCAGUGAUGGCGGUGACGACGGGCGCUUUCUCGGCGUUAACAGCUACGACAACGUCCUGCGUGUGUACGACCGACGCUCCAAGCUCAUCAGUUCUCGUAGCUCGAGGCGCGGCCCUGGUGGAGGCAGUAAUAGCCGUGAUGACCAGCUGCAGCUGGUGUGCUCUGUAUCGGGUCAUAAGAACAAGAACUGGCCUAUUAAGAGCUCGUUCUUCCGGGGUGACGGCUACAAGUACAAGCUGGCGCUGCCACCCCGCGGACGACUUGGAGGUGGCUUAGGUGGCGGUUCUAGUACUAGUUCACGGCGCAAGCUCACGGACGGCGACGGAGAGGAUUUCGAGGAUUCAAGUGGAGAGCAUGGGUCCAUGGAUUCCGCACGUGAAACGCUGCUACUUGCUACCGGAAGUGCGGACCGCCAUAUAUACUUGCACGAAGUGACGCCGUCAAAGCACGCUGCAGAUUCAAGCGCGUCCGGCAAACACACACAAAGUCUCGUGCAAAAGAUCGAUGCCCAUAAUGAUCGUGUGUACUGUGUGGAUUUUCACCCCACCGAGCCCAUUCUGGCUUCCGCUUCGGCCGACUGCUCAAUCAAAAUCUGGCUGCCACGCUCUGGAUCUAACUCCGUCACGCGUCUUGCAAAGGCCAAGAAGUAG